GGUAGCGCCAUUCCUCCCCCGCGGCCUCCAGCCGCCAGGGGGCGCUGCCGCCCCGCCCCGGGCCAAGAUGGCGGCGGCCGCGGCUGCUCGCGCGGUGCGGGCCGUGCCCCACAUCCGCCCUGUCCCCGAGGCCACCCGGCACCUCCACACCACCCCCGCCUGCCUCAAGACACGGGCGGCGCGAGUGCGCGUGGGCAAAGGGGACAAGCCGGUGUCCUACGAGAAGGCACAUCCACCCCACUACAUCGCCCACCGCAAGGGCUGGCUCUCCCUGCACACGGGGAACCUGGCCGGGGAGCUGGGCGCGGCGGAGCGGGCGGUGGAGGACGCUUUCCUGCGCCGCUUCCUCAGCGGCACCUUCCCUGGCAUCCUGGCGACCGAGGUCGUGCUGAAGCGCCGCGCCAACCUCCUGGUGAUCUGCGCCGUGCUGGUGCGGGGCCUGGCGCCCGCCAAGCUCCACUUCUUGGUGGGCUACACCGAGACCCUCCUCAGCCACUUCUACAAGUGCCCCGUGCGCCUGGAGCUGCAGACGGUGCCCACCAGGGUGGUCUACAAGUACCUCUAGUGCCCGGCGCUGCCACCCCGGGCUGGGAAUAAAGCCGGGGUCUGUGCCCA